UGGUGGUGCGCUGAGAGGACCGCCCCGGGUCUCACGGACUGGGUUCCUCAGUGUCCGCGCAGGCCCGGGAGCUGGCGUUCGGCCUGAAGCCCCAUGGACGAGGUUCCUGGGAAGUCCCUGAGCUGUGCGGAGAAGGAACAGCUGGAGGAAAAACUUGCACUUUUGAAAAAGGAAUACAGGAGGACACUGGCCCGCCUCCAGCGUGCCCAAAGAGCUGAGAAGAUUAAGAAUUCUAAGAAAACAGCAAGACAAGGUGGCUUGCUGGAUCAGCAAAUCACAUCGCAGACAACACAGUCAGAGCCUAAAAAUGAAGGAUGUCCUUACGACCAAUUACAAGUCUACACCCAACUUAACAAAGACACUGGAGAAAAGACUUCUCUGACCUUUGUUGAGCCAAAGUCCUUUAACCCUAAAGACGGCUCAGAAGAAGGAUUAUAUAUACAAAAUACAGAUGACAUCCAAGAACAUUUUCCCUAUAAAGUCAGUGGCCUUGAUGGUAAGAAAAGGCAGAAUGAACUGCCAGGGAAGAGAGAAAAGCAGCCCCAAAGAAUGUUUGCUUCUCAGGAGACAGAGUGUUCCUUUGACACCAGUUCACUCAUUGUCUCUGGAAAAAGAACUAGGAAUCAGGAAGCAAUCAAUAGCAAAGAUCCUAGUUCAUCAGCAACUGUAAUAGGUUCCCUCACAAGUCCUCAGCCUGAAAUUCAGGGCUCUCCAGCACCAGCUACUGAAGCUGCUAGAAAGAUGGCAGUAAUUCCACCAAGUGCUGAUUCAGGAAGAGGAAAUGAAAUCUCCAAGGAGACCAUAAUUCCUUUACAUUCUGCAUCAGACAGCAGCUAUCAUCAACAUUGUAGGCCUUCUGAAGGUCACUGGGAACUUAGUACUCCAACAUUUCAAAAUACCAGUCCUGCUCUACCUGUUAACCUGCAAGCACAAGGCAGAAAAAUGUCCGUCUGUACAGAUGACCCAAUAGUAAAUAACAUUGUUGGUGGCAGUGGCCAGCUGCCUAGAAGUCCUAACUUAGAGGCAGACAAUUCAUGUUGUACAAAUGAACUCACUUGCAGAAACUUAGCACCAAAUAUAAGCCAAGACUUAAAGGAACAAAAUCAUCACACUGGAAAGUCUUUAGAACCUCCAGGUAACCCUCUGAAUAGUAAAAAUGAGAAUGUUCAGGAAAAGAAGGCCCUAGAUCAGCUUAAGAGUCUUAACCUAGAAGCAGGAGAGCCUGUUUCUACAGAAAGUCAAACACAUUCUUGCACAGUGGUUGAAGGCCUUUUGUUUCCUGCAGAAUACUAUGUUAGAACAACCCGUCGCAUGUCCAACAGCCAGAGGAAAAUAGCCCUGGAAGCUGUGAUUCAAAGUCACUUGGGUGUCAGAAAGAAAGGGUUUAAAAGUAAAGAAAAAGGAGUAACUAAAAGUGUAAAGCUUUCUAAUGAAGAAGCUGGACAAAGUGAAAUCAGCAUGUCGGACACAAGCUCAGGAGUGCUAAGUUCAAGUCCUUCUCAGGAACUUCUGUCACAAAGUGAAGACCACUCUCCCUCAGUAGAUCCUAAAAACAACCACUGUCCUAGGAGGCCUGUCACCAAGUCAUCUGCUAGAAGACACCGAGGAAAAAGAAAGUCAGCCCACACCUUGGCCCUCGAUCAGUGUGAACCACUUUUCCCAUCUUCUAGCACAUUCAGUGUUGAGUGGUUCAAACGCCAGAGUGAAAACACAGCAAUUCAGGAUUUUCAGUUACCUGAUGAAGACUUUGGGCCUCUGAAGCUUGAAAAACUGAAGUCCUCAGACAAACCCAUUGAGCCUCCUGAAUCAAAAGCAUAUGCAAAGAAGCUUCCUCAAGAGGAACAGAGUCCUCUGUGCACAGCUGCAGAAGGGAAGGACUUGGAAGAGGAAGCUAUGUUUGUUCCAGGAAAAGCACAUCCUCAAAUGCCAAGCCCAAAGAACCAGACUCCCCACAAGGGCCUUUCUUCUUCCAUGUUACUCUUCACUCCUUUAAACACUGCUACUGCUGCUGUUGGCAAUGAGAGUGCCAGGCCUGCCACACAAGUGUGUUCCCCAGCUUUCCCCACCCUGGGCACCACUCCAGCUUUCAGUUCUCCUGCAUCCUGUGAUGGAAUGUCUGCCCGGGGUGAUGGACCAGCUUGCUCCCUGCCCCACCUUGCUCCCUUGGAAGACACAGUCAGUCUACCUAGGACUCCUAAACAAUCGGUCUAUACAGCCAACCCUCUCAAACUGGUUACCAACCUGCAUGUGCCAGGUAGGCGAGGACAGUCUGCCUGUGACCGUGACUGUGGCCCCCAAGCAACACCUGCACCUACUGAGUCAUUCACUUUCAGAGAAAAUCAGCUGUGUGGAAACGCAUGCCUGGCGUUGCAUGGGCAUUCCACUGAACAGCCCGAAACGGCACAUCCUCCAGCUGGUGAGAGCCUAAACCCAGGCAGUCUACAAUUGCUUUCCAAGUUAAAGAACCCCUGCAGUUCCUGUUCUGUGGAUGUGAGCGCCCUGUGGUGGGAUCAAGCUGGCUUGAAGGAGCCAUGCAUCGUAACUGCUUGCGAAUACGCAGUUUCUCUUUGGAAGCCGCUGCGUACGUGGCAAUGGGAGAAAAUGUACACCUGGCACUUCUCGGAGGUUCCAGUGUUACAAAUAGUUCCAGUGCCCAAUGUUUGUAAUCUGGUGUGUGUGGCAUUAGGAACUUUGGAAAUCAGAGAAAUCAGGGCAUUGCUUUGGUCCUGCGGUGAUGAAAGUGAAAGGCACGUGCUCCUCCAAUCAGGAAAUAUAAAGGCUGUGCUUGGCUUGACAAAGCGACGGCUGGUCAGCAGCAGUGGGGGCCCCUGUAAUCAGCAAGUGGAAGUGAUGACGCUAGCAGAGGAUGGCAGAAGCAAAGAGAAGCGCUUUCUGAUGCCCCCUGAAGAGACGGUACUGACUUUUGCUGAGGUGCAGGGGAUGCCGGAGGCUCUGCUUGGCACCACUGUCAUGAGCAAUGUCGUCAUCUGGAAUUUAAGGACUGGUCAACUCCUGAAAAAGAUGCACAUGGCCGGUUCUUACCAAGGUUCAGUGUGUCACAAAGCCUAUUCUGAAAUGGGGCUCCUGUUUGUUGUUCUGAGUCACCCUUGUGCCAAAGAGAGCGAGUGUUUGGGAAGCCCAGUGUUUCAGCUGGUGGCGAUCAACCCUAAGACGGCCCUGAGUUUGGGGGUGCUGCUGUAUUGCCUGCCCCAAGAGCAGGCUGGAAGGCAAGUUCCUGGAAGGGGAUGUGAGAGAUCACUGCGCAGCUGCUGUCUUGACUUCUGGGACAAUUGCCAUCUGGGACUUGGUGCUGGGGCGCUGUGCUGCCCUCCUGCCACCCAGUCCAGGUCAAAAUUGGUCUUUUGUGAGAUGGUCAGCUACAGAUUCUCAUUUGCUGGCUGGACAGAAAGAUGGAAAUAUAUUCAUAUAUCACUACUCAUGAAUUACAGGGAAAACACUUUUCUGGGUGCAUUUGAUCUCCUAGCACUCUUUGGGGACAUUGGGAGAACUCCCGAGUGACAUGUAAAGGGAUGACUGGGGAUGCUGGCUGUUUAGUGGUGGCACUGCUGGUUCAUGCUCACCUUGAGGGAAAGGAUCUAGGGCUCUGGUGAUAGCCACAUUUGCACACUUAGGUCUAAAGUUGUACAGAAAACUUCAAAUGUCAAUAAAUAUUUAUUUUCAUACA